CAUCUCAUGCUGAUCUUUUGCACUGCAGCAGUGCCCUCAGACGACCUGCACUCUCUUUUCAACUUAAAACAACUUUUAUAUCCUUGAAAGGAUGGAGAAGAAUGGAGGAAAACCACGUCAGCAGCAUUAUGGGCUGGUUUCGUCAGCGCUUUGGAAAACAAAGGAAUGAUUCGGACCAAGUUAAACCAUGUAAAUGUUCUCAGACGUGCUCCCCCGGACACUCCAACACCAGCAGCUCGGUGUGCUCCUCUUCCUCCUCCUAUCAGCCUCUGCCCUCCGUGCUCUCCUCCCGCUUCCGCUCCUCUCUCAGAUAUGACGUUUUUGUGUGUCACAACGAUGAGGACAGUGAUCUAGCACAGAGUCUGGCCUCUUUCCUAGAAGCCCCGUCUAACGGCCUGCGCUGUUACCUGCAGGAGCGGGACUGUCCUGCAGGAGGCGCUGUGUCCACUGAGCUGCUGCAGGCCGUGCAGGACAGUCACUGCUGGCUGUUACUCGUCACUCCAAACUUUGUGAAGGAUGACUGGUGCUCGUAUCAGAUGCACCAGGUCCUGUCUGAAGGGCCCAUGUCACAGAGGAUCAUCCCGGCUGUAGUAAACAUGCCCAGAUCACAGCUCCCGCUCGAACUGCGCUUCCUUUUCACUGUGGAUCUGAACACGAACAAAGAGUUCGGAUACACUCUAGUCUACAAGGCAGUGCUUCAGUAUUUGAAGGACAUGUCUGAGAAGAAAAAGCCCAGCAGUGCAUCUCAGUCUGUUGGCUGAGAACAGACUCAAACUAUCAACAUUCAUUGCACUGACCGCAAUGACAAGAUUCUUCACUUCCAUGAAGUGACGUCCAAGCAGACAACUGUAUCAUAACACCGUAUCUCCGUAUCUAUGUCUAAUAUCUCAGAGUUCUCAAAAUUAUAUUAAAGAUGAAUAAUGUCAAAAUUGGUUGAUUUAACUGUUAUGCCUUAUACAUAUAUAACACACACUACCGUUCUUUUC